UCCACCAAUCAGAAAUCGCCACAUUCGCAACUCCUGACAGCCCGAUCAGCCGGCUGACUGUGAAAGCUAGUAAAGAGAUAGAAAUUUCGCUAAAACAACGUGUAUGAGAGAGAUAUAAACAAUACGACACAAGAGAACGGAACAUGAGGCUGGGUAUAACAGUACUUGGUGCUGUGCUAUGCAGCUUUAUCGGACUAACAGCGGGUGUGGCUGUCAUGUCCAUUGAUCUUGGAGCCGAGUUCAUGAAGAUAGCCAUUGUUAAGCCUGGCGUUCCCAUGGAGAUCGUCACAAACAGGGAGUCCAGUCGCAAGACGCGUACACUGGUGGCGUUCCGUGACGGGGAGAGACAGUUCGCCAACCAGGCGUACACCACGUCUGUCCGGUUCCCCCGCAAGGCCUUCUGGUAUUUGACACACGUUGUAGGCCGACACUUUGACGACCCGCAGGUUCAGCUGUACAAGGAACGCUUCCCCUUCUAUGACUUGGUGAAGGACGAAGAGAGGGGGACGGUUCUGUUCCGAACUGAGGAUGGGGAGACGACCUACACGCCGGAAGAGCUGCUUGCUAUGAUCCUUGAGUCUGCCCGGGAGUAUGCCGAGGAGUUUGGAGACCACCCUAUCAAGGAUGCCGUCAUCACCGUGCCAGCGUACUUCAACCAGGCGGAGAGACGGGCCGUGAAGAGCGCCGCCGACAUGAUCGGACUCAACGUUCUGCAGUUGAUGAGUGACAACGCCGCCGUGGCCUUGAACUACGGUGUGUUCAGGAGGAAGAACUUCAACUCCACCAUGCAGUACUACAUCUUCUACGACAUGGGCGCCACCAGCACCGUCGCCACCGUUGUAGGCUACCAAGUUGUGAAGAUGAAGGAGGGCACCAGAGUGGAGACCAACCCCCAAGUCGUCAUCAAGGGUGUGGGGUUUGACCGAACACUAGGCGGCCUUGACGUGACUCUGAGACUGCGGAACCACCUUGCCAAAGUGUUUAAUGAGCAGAAAAAGACGAAGAAUGAUGUCUUCAAGAAUGAGAGAUCGAUGGCUAAACUGUUAAAAGAAGCGGAUCGUGUGAAGCAAGUCCUGAGUGCGAACCCAGACCACCAUGCUCAGGUCGAGGGGCUGCUUGAUGAGAAUGACUUCAGGGCCAAAGUGACGAGGGAAGACCUGGAAGAGUUGUGUGAGGAUUUCUUCCCACGGGUCAUCAAACCGAUAGAAGAAGCCCUCCGUAUAUCCGAGAUAACCAUGGGUGAGAUCAGCGAGGUUAUUCUCAUGGGAGCUGCGACGAGGAUGCCUAAAGUGCAGGAGCAGCUAACGACGUUCCUGAAGAGCUCGGAGCUAGGGAAGAGCAUCAACACGGACGAGUCGGCGGCCAUGGGGGCUGUGUACCAGGCGGCUUUCCUCGGCAAGGGCUUCAAGGUCAAGACCUUCAAUGUGAAGGAGGGCAAUGUCUACCCAAUAGUGGUUGAGUUUGAAAAGCAUCGCACAUCCGAAGAUGGAAGUGAGUCUUCGAAGACCGUGAAGCGAACCCUGUUUGGGAGGAUGAAUCCCUACCCCCAGAAGAAGGUCAUGACCUUUAACAAGCACUACUCCGACUUCUCCUUCAGUGUGGGAUACGGCGACAUUGACUUCCUGUCCGACUUAGACAAAAAGUCAUUCCCGCAGCUGCUACUGUCGAACGUGUCACUCAUCGGGGUUGAGGAUGCGUACAAAAAACACAAGGAGGGCGCUGAGGGCAAGGGCAUCAAAGCCCACUUCAGAAUGGAUGAAAGUGGCAUCCUCCACUUAGAUAAGGUUGAGUCAGUGUUCGAGAAAGUUGGGGAAGCUGCUGAGGAGAAAGACGAGUCUGCCUGGUCCAAAAUAGGGAGUGCCAUUGGAGGUCUAUUUGGGGGAUCGGACGGCAAAGACAAGGAGGCCAAAGUAGAGGACUCAGAUGAGGAUCCAUCGUCGGCAGCGGCAGGGGCAGCUAGCGAGGGAGACCAGGACGCAAAGGGACAGAACUCUAGCAAAAGCGAGUCGCCAAAGUCAGACUCAGAAUCUCCGCCAAAGAAAACGGAGGAGAAAUCCUCAGGAAAGCAGGAGGAUGAAAAGCCUUCAGAGUCCACUGAGGAGACCACGGAGCCACCGUCUGAACAGGAACCAAAACAGAAGGAGAAGACAGACGAGAAAACUGAAGACAAAACAAAAGAGAAAACAAAAGACAAGAAGGAAAAGGAAAGCGACAAGAAGGAGAAAAAGGAGGAUAAGAAAAGCAAGGAUGGAGAGAAGGAGAAAGACGAGAAGAAAAAGGAUGAAGAGCCGAAGAAACCGAAGAUCACGACGAUCAAGGAGGUGAUCAACUCGACCAUGGACUCGCUGGACCUGCCCAAUCUCAGCAAGGAUCGCAUGAAGGAAGCCAAGAAGAUACUGGCGUCCCUGAAGGCGAAGGACAAGGAGAAGAUGGAGCUGGAGAAGGCCAAGAAUGAGCUGGAGGCGUACAUCUUCGACUCCCAGGACAAGCUGUCCCAGGACACCUACGUCAAGUGCUCCACCGAGUCGGAGAGGGAGGAGCUCAACAAACUCAUGUCGGAGGCUUCUGAUUGGCUGUACGAACAACCGGACGAUGCCAAGAAAGACGUCUUCAUCAAGAAGCUGAAGUCUCUCAAGGACAGCUUGAAAGACGUGGUCCGUCGUGUGUUUGAGCUGGAGGAGAGACCCAAGGCUCUAGAAGCUCUCAAGUCCAUGUUGAACCACUCCUUUCACUUCCUCAAGUCUGUGAAGAACCUGACGACCACCGACGACCCCAUCUUCACCGAGGUGGAGGUCACGACAUUGGAAACACUCAUCAAUGAGACCUCGGAGUGGCGCAGUACCAACCUGAAGGAGCAGAAAAAGUUAAAGGACUACGAGAACCCAAAGAUGCUUGUCGAGGACAUUGCCCUGAAGAUCCAGGCUCUGGACCGCGAGGUCAAGUACCUCAUCAACAAGGCCAAGUACUGGAAACCCAAGACGAAGCCCAAGACGGACGACAAGAAGAAGACGAACAGCACAGACAAGGCCACCAAUGAGACCAAGUCUGAAGAGUCUAAAACUGAGAAGGCGGAGUCUAAAACUGAGAAGGCGGAGUCUAAAACUGAGAAGGCGGAGUCUAAAACUGAGAAGGCGGAGUCUAAAACUGAGAAGGCGGAGUCUAAAACCGAGGAGGCGGAGUCUAAAACUGGGAAGGCGGAGUCUGAGCCCAAAGUAGAUGAAGCCACUACCCAGUCUUCAGAGUCUCAAGAAGAGGCUCCAAAAGAAUCAAAAUCAGAUAAAAGCACCAAAAAAGAAAAUAAAAAAGAUAAAGAAACAAAAGAUACCGAGGAGGAAACUUUACAAAUAGGUGGUUCUGAGCGUAUAAAAGAAGAGCAUACAGAGUUAUAACCCUAGGUCAGCCAAUAGGGAAUUUGACCACUCUGUAUCACCAUUGUUCUCAUGCGAUUAGGUGUCUAUUUUUGAUGCUGGUUUGAAAGUUACGAGAUGUGUGACUGGCAGUUACCGUGGUGACUGUGUUGAACGAGGAAGUGAAUGUUAAUCUGUAUUUUCAGAAUGAUACCUACAAGAGGAAUCAUGUGCAUGCUGAAUUUUCUAAGAAAUUCAUUGUGUCUGAAUCUGUACUUAUUUAUUGUCUUUGUUUUUGAAGUUUCAACAUGUUCAAGAAAAUCAUUGUUUGAGUUCUAGUGAAGCAGUGUGUGAAACAUCAUCAUGUGGCGUUGAAAGGUAUUGGUUUGUUCGAAGCCGGGACUCCCCCAAAAUUGUAGUUGCUGCAGUGUUAUGUAAUAUUGAACUUUUUUUUAUUAUUUUCUAAAUUUACAAACAGAAAAACAAAGACUUCAGUGUUACAGAAGCGUUAAUGUCACGAUGACCAAACUUUAUAGAAUCAGUCCGAACUCCCUCUCAAAAGUGCUUAAGAUCUUUCUGGAAUGAUGGAAUAUGUUUUGGAACUUUACGUGGGAAAAAAAGUUUUAGCAAAGAAUAAUUAUAAGAUUUAAUGGGUCGUUUACUUUUGAAUUGGGAGCCAAGCAAAACAUGUUAUUUGGUGACUUUGAUUUGAGUGCUGGUAUUGAGCCAAAGUUUUGUUCAAAGGAAAAUAAUUUGUGGUGAAUGGCGACACCAAUGGAAGUCUGCGACUUUAGCCACUAGUCCAAAGCCUGAGCCUAAUAAAAUUCUGUUUGGUCUAGUAAGCUCCCAUGGUGACACUAAGAUGUACCAAGUAUGACCCUGAGAGCCAAGUUUGGACUAGUAGACUCAAGUUUGGGCUAGUAGACUCAAGUUUUGGGCAGAGUAGGCAGCUAGGCACGGUAAGCAAGCCAGUGAGUUUCCCUGGUCUAGAAUCAAUCAGUUACAGACUCCUGUCAGGGAUUUGUCUGAGCCUGCUCAGAGGCUGAUACUGUUAAUCGUGAAAUUAAUGCGUCUCCAAAAGAAUGCGACCACUGGACCCUAGCCAAAAAUGCGACUCUAUGAAUGCGACACCCCCUCCUCUCAAGCAUCAGUGGAUUUCUAUCUGAAGAUGUCCUCAGUCAGGUUUAGAAUCCUCACCUUAAGCCAACCUUACAUUAAUCCAAUCACACACCAAAUAGCACUGCUUAUUAGCGCUGAGUAAAGACAAUACAUGGCGUCUGUCUGGACUUGCAGGUGUGAUCAGUGAUGACAUAAGUGAG